AAAUGAAGACCUAAAACAAAUGCUGGAAAGCAGUAAAGAUUCUGCAAAGCUGGAUGCAAUGAAAAGGAUUGUUGGGAUGAUUGCGAAGGGAAAAAAUGCUUCUGAGCUGUUUCCUGCUGUUGUGAAGAAUGUUGCCAGUAAAAAUAUUGAGAUAAAAAAGCUUGUGUACGUUUAUCUGAUGCGCUAUGCAGAAGAACAGCAAGAUUUAGCAUUGUUGUCCAUCAGUACUUUUCAGCGUGCUUUGAAAGAUCCUAAUCAGUUAAUCCGUGCAAGUGCUCUCAGAGUUUUAUCUAGUAUCCGUGUGCCAAUUAUUGUUCCUAUUAUGAUGCUUGCUAUUAAAGAAGCCUCUUCUGAUUUAUCUCCUUAUGUGAGGAAAAAUGCAGCCCAUGCAAUCCAAAAACUGUACAGUCUUGAUCCAGAGCAAAAGGAAAUGUUAAUUGAAGUGAUAGAAAAGCUGUUAAAGGAUAGAAGUACGCUGGUGGCUGGCAGUGUUGUGAUGGCAUUUGAGGAAGUGUGUCCAGAUAGAAUAGAUCUGAUUCACAAGAACUACCGAAAGCUGUGUAACUUGCUGGUUGAUGUAGAAGAAUGGGGUCAAGUUGUUAUAAUCCACAUGCUAACUCGAUAUGCACGUACACAGUUUGUAAGCCCAUGGAAGACGGUAAGUUUGUGGAUCUUUACUUACGUGAAAAGCCAAGAUAAACAGUUUGCUGCAGCUACAAUUCAGGCAAUAGGCAGAUGUGCAACUAACAUCGCUGAAGUGACUGACACAUGCCUUAACGGCCUUGUAUGUUUACUGUCCAACAGGAAUGAAAUUGUAGUUGCUGAAAGUGUUGUUGUCAUUAAGAAACUGCUGCAAACCCAACCAGCGCACCAUGGUGAAAUAAUUAAGCAUAUGGCCAAACUCUUGGAUAACAUUACAGUUCCAGUAGCAAGAGCCAGCAUCUUGUGGCUCAUUGGGGAGUACUGUGAACGGGUUCCAAAGAUUGCACCUGAUGUUUUGAGAAAGACAGCCAAGAGCUUCAUAAAUGAAGAUGACCUUGUAAAGUUGCAGAUCUUAAAUUUGGGAGCAAAACUCUAUUUAACGAACUCAAAGCAGACAAAAUUGCUUACCCAGUAUGUAUUAAAUCUCGGCAAGUAUGAUCAAAGCUACGACAUCAGAGACCGUACAAGAUUUAUUAGGCAGCUUAUUGUUCCGAAUGAGAAGAGUGGAGCUUUAAGCAAAUAUGCCAAAAAAAUAUUUCUGGCACAGAAACCUGCUCCAUUGCUCGAGUCUCCCUUUAAAGAUCGGGAUCACUUCCAGCUUGGUACCUUGUCUCACACGCUGAACAGCCGAGCCACUGGCUACCUGGAGCUGUCUGACUGGCCGGAGGUGGCACCUGACCCUGCCGUGCGAAACGUUGAAGUGGCCGAAUCGUCAAAGGAAUGGGCUGCAGUUCUCAAGAAGACACAGAAACCUACUGAAAAGUUCUACUCUGAAUCGGAAGAGGAGGAAGAGGACUCUGCCAGUACAAGUGCAUCAGAUAGUGAGUCUGGCAGUGAAAGUGAGAAGGAACAUAAGGAAGAAAGCAGUGGUGAGGAGAGUAGUGGGAGUUCCUCUUCCACUGGAGUAUCAAGUGACAGUGAAUCAGAAGAAAGUACACCAAAGAAAACAUCUGGAACUGCUGAGGAAAGUGAUUCAGAAGACAUUAAAAAGAAAGCAAAGGAAAUCUCCAAGUCCACAGGCAGUUCCUCUGAUACAGAGUCUAGUUCAUCAGAUGAGAGUUCUUCAAGCUCCAAAUCAGAAUCAGACUCUAGUAGUGACUCAGAUGCUGAAAAGUCUAGAAAUGCUACCUCUAGUAAGAAGGAAGAAAAAACAGUACAAGACAGAAAAGCUCCAAAUAAACAAGAUGUGUUUCUCUUAGAUUUAGAUGACUUUUAUCCUGUAACAACGCCUGUGGCAGUUCCUGCAGCAGCUGCUUUGUCCCCAAAUUUAACAGCAGAUCUAGAAGGAUUAAGUCUGUCAGGUUCAUCGGUCAUUGAUGUCACUACCCAAGUAUUUGUGCCAACAAAAACGCAUGAAAUGCUUCAUCGGAUGACUGGAAAAGGAUUAUCAGCUCAUUAUCAGUUCUCAAGACAGCCAUGCAUUUUUGGUGAUCGUAUGGUAUCUGUGCAAGUGACAUUAACAAAUACAACUGAUCAGAAGAUAGAUAAUAUUCAUAUAGGGGAGAAGAAAUUACCCCCAGGCAUGAGGAUGCAUGAGUUUAAUCCAAUAGAAUGCCUUGAGCCUGAGAGAUCUGUGACUGUUUCAAUGGGUAUCGACUUCUGUGAUUCUACUCAGACUGCCAGUUUCCAGUUAUGCACCAAGGAUGAUCAUUUCAAUGUUAGCAUUCAGCCCCCUGUUGGAGAACUGCUUUUGCCUGUCACUAUGUCAGAGAAAGACUUUAAGAAGGAGCAAGGGAUGCUGACAGGAAUGAAUGAGACAUCUGCUACCAUAAAUGUUGCUCCACAGAACUCUACUAGUCGUGUAAUAAUUGAGAGACUAAUGAAGGCAGCAAACCUGGGUGUAGUCCCUUCUGGUCAAGAUAAAAUACAGAGGUUUGCAGCAAAGACUGUGCACAGUGGGUCACUGAUGCUAGUCACAGUGGAGCUGAAGGAGAGCUCUACAGCACAGCUCAUCAUAAAUACUGAGAAAACUGUGAUUGGUUCUGUUCUGCUGCGGGAGCUGAAGCCUGUCCUGUCCCAGGGGUAACCUGCUUACAUCUGGACUUCAGAAUCUGGCACACAACAAAAGUGCCUGGCAUCCACUACUGCUGCCUUUCAUUUAUAAUAAUAGCCCUUCCAUCUGGCAGUGGGGGGAAGAAUACACUCUUGACAUUCUUCUGCUUUAGAAUGCUAGUGUAUGCAAGUCGUCUCCUUUUUUUCUGCUUGCUAACCAAAGAACAUAUAUUUUACUGUCAGUUAUCUGCAUUCUUAAAUGUAUUUCCCAUUUGUUCUAUCUGAGUACUUUCCUCUCUUUCCACCCCCCUUCCUUUCCCCACUGUAGUGGACAAAUAUUAGAUAAUGAAGUUGAAAGGAAAUUGCACUGCUUAAGAAUUGUGUUAAAAAUAGCAGAUAGAUAGGUUCCAGCAACAUAUGCAACAAUUAUAUGUGCACUUCAGAGAAGCACACACUUGUACAACAAAUACAGGAAAAUUGCUUUGUGAAAAUCCAUGUGCACCUGAACUCACGUAGUAAGAAUAUUGUUCCCAUUUGAUGUGAUUUUCUUAAAUAUUUCUGUAAAGCUGCCAAUAAAGUAGUGCUUUUAGCAGAAA